GAACACAGGUAGUUUGAGCCAUUUUUCUGUUAUCUCCACAACCGAUUCAGUAAGGAAAGUGGGAGAGUCCUUUUUUAUUUUACAAGAAAUUGUAUGCUGUUUGAUGCAGGUAUAUGAAGUACCUCUAUCCAUAUGAAUGUGAAAAGCGGGGAUUGAGCUCUCCUGGUGAACUUCAAGCAGCAAUAGACAGCAACCGUCGGGAGAGCCGUAGGCAGAACUACAGUUCUACCAUCUUCAGCUAUUCUGUCGCAGGCCCACAGACUUCUCUCCCAACAACAACAAUACAGCCACAUGUACCAAUGCUUUCUCACCAAAGCAACUAUAUCACCCAAGCCCCUUCUGCCAAAAGAGAUGAUAGACAAGAGUCCGCAUUGAACCUGUCUACCAGCGGCAUUAACAGCAUCAACAUGUCAAUAGAAAUAAAUGGAGUUGUCUACACAGGUGUCCUCUUUGCCCAGCAGUCAACAGUGGCAGGGAUUAUGGAACACCGCAGGAAGCAGAGUAACACUCAGGAAACAUUUUUCCAACCCUCUUGUUUCUCUUACUCUACUGUUUCUCUUCAUGGACAAAGAAACUCUUCCAACUGACCUGAAUGAACCAAAUUAGGAUUUGCUCCUUUGUUCUUCAAGACAAAAUGACUGCAGGAACAUUUCAACACCAUGAUGUUUUUAAGCUUUUUGGCCAUCUACCCCUGAUUCCAGAUGGAUCUUAGGAACACAAUAUAACACAAUAUACAUUAAUGAUACUUUUACAACACCUUCGAUCUAUUUCCUUAGUAUCCUUCGAAGAAAGAAACAUGAACACAAAUAUAGCACAUCAAACACAGCUACAUUGCAAAUAUCUUACAAAAUGACUUUCGGAACCAUUUAGUUUCAUGUGCUCAUUUGAAACAUUGUUCAAAUUAACUGAUUACAAAAAUUUCUGUCAA